ACAAACUAAAUUUAAUCCCGUAGGAUACCCCUAGUGCGUUAGUGUAAAUAUUGUUAUUUAUCCUGUGGGGAGCCCCUCGAUGUGUAAUUUUAUCUACCUGAGAGCUCGUGUUCGGGUAGUACCCGGGAAGUCACAGCCGAGAUAAGACCUGUUUGGCUUGUUGUUAUGAUGAAGUAGCCUGGGCGGGUACUCAAACUACAUCAGGUUCACAAACUUUCACAAUGUCUGGUAUGCCAGAAUGGAUGGCUGACUUAAUUGAAAAGGGUACAAACGUAAAAGAAUGUCUCGAGAUGUGGCGUCAGGAGCAGGAAUCAAAGAGAGAGCUAGAAAGGGAGAGAUGGGCGCAAGAGAGAGAAGAGCGUCAGGCCCAGAGAGAAAGUGCAAAGUUAGAGGUAGAAAGAGAUGUGAACUUACGAGAGUUAGCUAUAAGAGAAAAAGAGUUAGAACAUGCUAAAAUUGGGGGGUCUCAACCCCAUGAGAUUAAAUGCCCACCUGUUAAGUUACCUAAGUUUGAGGAGGGACAGGACCCUGAUGUCUUUUUACGGUCGUUUGAAAAGAUAGCUGGGUUGCAGAAAUGGCAUAAAUCCCAGUGGGCUAUACGCUUAGUUCCUAUGUUAGCAGGUAAGGCUUUGGAAGCGUAUUCAAGGUUGUCGGAUGCAGAUAGUGAUAACUAUGAGAUUAUCAAAACAGCUAUUCUCAAGAGAUAUGAGCUUACUUCUGAAGAUUACAGGGAAAAAUUUCGUCAGGGUAAGCAGUCAAAUGAUGAGUCAUUUAAACAUUUUGUUGUUAGGGUAGAAAGGUACCUCAAUCACUGGUGUGAACGUGAGAAAAUAGAUUCAGAUUUUGGCAAGUUGUAUGAUAUGGUCUUGAGAGAACAGGUUGUUAGAAGUUGUCCAAAAGACUUACAGUUGUGGAUUCUGGAACAUGACCCAAAGUCUAUUGAGGAGGUUGUUGCGUUGUUUAAUGCAUUUCAGGCGGCACAUAAGAGUAAGUAUCUUAGUGGCAAUAGUGUCCAAUUUCACAGUACAGGGAAUAGGUCGACGGGAAAGCCAAACAAGUUUGGUUCGACAAAUUCUCAAGAUGGUAAGUCAAAUCUCAAGUCUCACUUUAAUGCAGGGGAUAGCAGAAAGUGUUUAAUUUGUGAUAGAGUAGGACAUAUUGCAGCCAACUGUUUUCUUAAGAGAACUCAGUCAAAGGGUCGAGACAGUAAAGGUCAGAGAGGUACAAAGCCUGAGAAAAGGUCAGAAAAUGUUGGUUUGUGUUUAGAUAAGUCUGAGUCUAAAGUUGUAGGCAAUAUACAAGAUACAACCAAGGGUAGGGUGAUUCUUAAGUUGUCCGGAGUUGAUAACGAGUCGCCAGUAAUUGAAACAUCGGCAGCAUUGGGUCUGGAUUUAGUAAAGGGCCAGGUGAGUGAUCAACCAGUUGCAGUCUUACGAGAUACCGGAUGCUCUACUGUAUUUGUACGUAGUAAGUUUAUUUCAGACUCUGAUAAAACAGGACGUUCAAGAGUGAUAACUCUGGCUGAUGGAUCUCAAAGAAACUGUGAUGAGGCAAUGGUAGAUUUGAAGACUCCUUAUGUAUCAGGUAAGGUACAUGCCCUUGUCCUUGAUUCUCCUGAUUUUGCUGAUGUAAUUAUUGGUAAUAAUGUUAGCAUACUCAAACCAAUGGAGGACGAAAAAGAAGUCAAGAGGGAUGGAGAUGACGAGAACACUUGUGCUGCAGUUCAGACACGUUUGCAGGCCAAAUUGGAGCAAGGUAAUAGUAGUUCUCAGAGAAAAGCAACAGAAGAGGAUUCAGAGGAUGAAUCUUUGAAACAAUUGUGGUGCAGCAGAGAUAAGUUGGUAGAACUUCAGGAAUCAGAUGACAGUUUGAAAUCUGCACUGAGUAUGGCAUAA